AUGGCGCCGUUCCGCACCUGGCGAGACGCCCCCACGCCCCGCACCGGGAGCAACCUGCGCCAGCUCACUCUCAGCGCAGCGGGGGGCUCGGGGGCCGACCAGAUCGACUCCCCCGACACCCCCCAGCUCGUGCUGCCGGCCAAUAUCGGGGACAUUGAGGUGCUGAACCUGGGGAGCAACGGCCUGGAGGAGGUGCCCGACGGGCUGGGCUCGGCGCUGGGCAGCCUGCGCGUCCUGGUCCUGCGCCGGAACCGCUUCACCCGGCUGCCCCCAGCGGUGGCCGAGCUGGGCCAUCACCUUACGGAGCUAGACGUGAGCCACAACCGGCUGAGCGUCCUGGGCGCCGAGGUGGUAAGUGCCCUGCGCGAACUGCGGAAGCUCAACCUCAGCCACAACCAGCUGCCCUCCCUGCCCGCCCAGCUGGGCGCCCUGGUCCACUUGGAGGAGCUGGACGUCAGCUUUAACCGGCUGACGCACCUGCCCGACUCCCUCUCCUGCCUUUCCCGCCUGCGCACCCUCGACGUGGACCACAACCAGCUCACGGCUUUUCCCAGGCAGCUGCUGCAGCUGGUGGCCCUGGAGGAGCUAGACGUGUCCAGCAAUCGGCUGCGGGGCCUCCCUGAGGAUAUCAGUGCCCUGCGUGCACUCAAGAUCCUCUGGCUGAGCGGGGCCGAGCUUGGCACCCUUCCCAGUGGCUUCUGCGAGCUGGCCAGCCUGGAGAGCCUCAUGCUGGACAACAACGGGCUGCAAGCUCUGCCCGCCCAGUUCAGCCGACUGCAGCGACUCAAAAUGCUCAACCUCUCCUCCAACCUCUUUGAGGAGUUCCCUGCUGCGCUGCUGCCCCUGGCUGGGCUGGAGGAGCUCUACCUUAGUCGCAACCAGCUCACCUCAGUGCCAUCCCUUAUCUCGGGCCUGGGCCAUCUUCUCACCUUGUGGCUAGAUAAUAACCGGAUCCGCUACCUGCCGGACUCUAUCGUGGAGCUGACCGGCCUGGAGGAGCUAGUCCUCCAGGGGAACCAGAUCGCUGUGCUGCCAGACAACUUUGGCCAGCUCUCCCGGGUAGGCCUGUGGAAGAUCAAGGACAACCCGCUUAUCCAGCCCCCCUACGAGGUCUGUAUGAAGGGGAUCCCCUACAUCGCAGCCUACCAGAAGGAGCUGGCUCAUUCCCAGCCAGCAGUCCAGCCCCGCCUCAAGCUGCUCCUGAUGGGCCAUAAGGCUGCGGGAAAGACCCUGCUUCGUCACUGCCUCACUGAGGGCAGAGUGGAGGGGAAUCAGGGUGGAGGUGACAAGGAGAAGAGCUAUCUCCCUUCACCUCCUCCUGUGAGCAAGGGCAUCGAGGUGACCAGCUGGACAGCAGAUGCCUCCCGGGGCCUGCGUUUCAUCGUGUAUGACUUGGCCGGGGAUGAAAGUUACGAGGUGAUCCAGCCCUUCUUCCUCUCCCCCGGGGCCCUUUACGUGCUGGUGGUUAACUUGGCCACCUAUGAGCCGCUGCGCUUUCCCACCACCGUGGGCUCCUUCUUGCAUCGGAUGGGGGCCCGGGUGCCUCAUGCCGUCGUGUGCAUUGUGGGCACCCACGCCGACCUGUGUGGGGAGCAGGAGCUGGAGGAGAAGUGUCUGGACAUUCACCGCCAGAUCGCCCUGCAGGAGAAACACGAUGCUGAGGGGCUGAGCCGUCUGGCCCAGGUGGUGGACGAGGCACUGGCCCGGGACUUCGAGCUGCGUUCCGCCAGCCCGCAUGCAGCCUACUACGGUGUUUCCGACAAGAACCUUCGGCGGCGCAAGGCUCACUUCCAGUACCUGCUCAACCACCGGCUGCAGAUCCUCUCCCCCGUGCUGCCCGUGAGCUGCAGGGAUCCCCGCCAGUUACAGCGCCUUCGGGACAAAUUGCUCUCAGUGGCUGAGCACCGGGAAAUCUUCCCCAACUUACACAGAGUGCUUCCUCGAUCCUGGCAGGUACUGGAGGAGCUGCACUUCCAGCCGCCUCAGGCGCAGCGGCUCUGGCUCAGCUGGUGGGACUCGGCUCGCCUGGGCCUGCAGGCGGGGCUGACCGAGGACCGGCUGCAGAGUGCCCUCUCCUACCUGCAUGAGAGCGGCAAGCUGCUCUACUUUGAGGACAGCCCGGCUCUCAAGGAGCACGUCUUCCACAACCUCUCGCGCCUCAUCGACAUCCUCAACGUCUUCUUCCAGAGGGAUCCUUCCCUGCUGCUGCAUAAGCUGCUCUUAGGGACCAGCGGUGAGAGCGAGGGGGAGGGCGAGAGCUCCCCCCUAAUGGCUCUGUCCACCCAGAGCCAGGACACGCUUCGGGCCACGCAGCUCCAUCAUUACGUGGAGGGCUUUCUGCUUCACGGGCUCCUGCCAGCCCAUGUCAUCCGGUUGCUGCUUAAGCCUCAUGUCCAGGCUCAGCAGGACCUGCAGCUGCUGCUGGAGCUGCUGGAGAAGAUGGGACUCUGUUACUGCCUCAACAAAUCCAAGGGCAAGCCUUUGAAUGGGUCCACGGCCUGGUACAAGUUCCCGUGCUAUGUGCAGAACGAGGUGCCUCACGCGGAGGCCUGGAUUAAUGGGACCAACCUGGCCGGGCAGUCUUUUGUGGCUGAGCAAUUGCAGAUUGAAUAUAGUUUUCCCUUUACUUUUCCACCUGGCUUGUUUGCACGCUACAGUGUCCAGAUUAACAGCCAUGUGGUGCACAGGUCGGAUGGCAAACUUCAGAUCUUUGCAUAUAGAGGGAAAGUCCCUGUGGUGGUGAGUUACAGACCUGCCAAGGGGGUCCUGCAGCCAGACACUCUGUCCAUUGCCAGCCAUGCAUCAUUACCAAACAUAUGGACGGCAUGGCAAGCCAUAACUCCCUUGGUAGAGGAACUGAAUGUCCUACUUCAAGAAUGGCCUGGACUGCACUACACUGUGCACAUUCUCUGUUCUAAGUGCCUUAAGAGAGGGUCGCCCAAUCCACAUGCUUUCCCAGGGGAGUUGCUGAGUCAGCCCAGACCGGAAGGAGUGGCAGAGAUCAUUUGUCCCAAGAACGGCAGCGAGCGGGUGAAUGUUGCCUUGGUGUACCCACCCACACCGACUGUGAUCAGCCCCUGUUCCAAGAAGAAUGCUGGUGAAAAGCACAGAAACCAGUGACUUUUAUGGCUGUGGAAUUUCCGUGGAGAUAAGAGCCUCAUCGGGACUGAAGCUGGACCAUCCUUCGUGCCCGGCACACCCUGCGUCCUCCCGGGCACGUUCCAGGACCUUGCGUGCGUACGUGUGCAGGGUGCUUUCCGGGGAGGAGGCACACCUAGCUUGUAGGUGAGGCGGGAGGGGAGGAGGGGAGGAUGGGAGAGAAUAUGGAGCAAAUAUUUUACAACCUGAACCUCAGAACUGUGAUCCUCCAAGGAGAGCGCUACUUGAAGAAAAGGAAAAAAAAGUCAAAUGGCUUCUCAGGGAUUUUGUUUUCCAUGCACAUAUAAGCCAUAGUUCCAGGAAAGGUGGCAGUAUUUAGAGCACUCAGAUUUCAGUUCUGUUAAAUGUGAAAGAGGGAUUGACUGACCAUUCAUUGCCGUUCCAUAACUAGUGUAAAAUAUGUAUAUGUUUAUCUUUAUUUUUAUAAUAUGCAAAUACAUUUAAAUUUAUACAGUUUGAAGCUUCUAGCGUUAGCUGACACUGGGUGCAAUAUUCUGACGAGAACUGUGCCAAGAUGGGGCUUUCUUAUUUUAGCCUAGGAUCUUCUUGUUUAUUCUUUAUUCUUUAAUCCUUUGCAGAUUAAAAAAAAGAAAGAUAUUUCUCUCUCUGCCCACGGAUUAAGUGUUAGUUCAUAGAGGUUGACACUAUCAGUAAGUUGUGCAUUUCAGGUCCCCUCCCCUCCUUUUAAAUAAAGGUCCCUGCCUGCAAACCGCUAGGCAGGGCAAUAGGGUUAGUCCUGUCCUUUGCCCACAUAUCACUAGUGCUGGGCAGAGUCCUCCUUCCUUCAGGCUUUGUGAUGACUGAGUUGUCCCUGGCUGAGAGGCUGAUAGGGGCCUGAUGUUAGGGUUCGUCAGGGGACGGGGACGAAGGGCUCCAUGAAUCCAUGGAAAAGCGGAGUCUUGCAAUAGCUUAUGAUAAUCAGGAGUCUGUUGUGAAGUGUGUGAAGAGCUCUGCUAACAAGUCCUUUGCCCCCCAGAACAGCCUGUGCAGUUUAGCAGGGUGCUCGAAGCCCCCCCGCCCCGGGCUGCCCGGCCCCCAGCCCGGGGGCUGCCCGCCUGGGUGCGCGGCUCCUGGUGCCAGGCUGCUGCCGGGGCCUAGUGAAAGCCUGGUUUUAAAAUCUCCACAAGGUGGAACUUAAAAAGCCAACCAACCAAACUGCUCCCUCUCCUACUUCUCAUCCAGCCCAGACAGCCUCCUCUACAACAGUAACACAUUCUUUUAAGAAUGUGAAGGGUUCUUUUUACAUCUGCCUCCUCCCGUGUUGACUGAAAAUGUGUAAAACUGCUUCUCGCUCGUGGGAAGCAAGAAAAGUGAGUCCGCUGGUAUUAUUCUUUGACUUCCUUUAUCAAGUAUUGACUCUUAGAAUGGCGCAGUAUGUGAAGUCUCCACAUAUUUUUUAAAAGAAAUAACAAAGCAGCAAGUGGCCACAGUGGGGAAAACCAUGAAUUGAUUUUUGUAGAUUAUUUUGUGCCCCAGGAGUGAACCUCGUUAACUCCAGAACCUCCAGGGAAACACGACUGGACUCUUACACUCCUAAAAUCAAAUGGGAUCAGACUAGUUCUGUACUUUUUAAUACUUGAAAUAGAAUACGACACCUUGAAUUGGGAUUUCAUCUUCUUUUAAACACAGUCACAAGACUCAUCUGGUUCAUCCUUUGUCACAGUUCUCCUGUGCGUGUGCAUGUGCGCGUGGGGGUGUGUGUGUGUGAACUAAAUGGUAACAUUUAAUUGCUUUGGGGGGCAGAAAAGUUUUGAUUGGCACUGGACGGUUCCUAAACUGUCAAAUUAACUGACUUUGACCAGUCUUCUGAAAAGACAGUUAAGUGUGUGACUUCAGGCUAACUCCCCAGGGGACCGUAUUAAUGGGGGAAAAAAAGCUCCUUUGGGUGACACAUCCUGCAAAGUGUUUGCUAUUAUGAACAUAGAUGCCCACAUUCUUAAUAUCUGCUAUUUUCUGACAAGUGAUGUUUUCUGCUGUCAUCUGAACCCUAGAGAAGCAGUGUGAGAGGAAAUCUUGGUGUCACAUGUAUUUUAGCAAGAAGGUCGGCAUGAUAGAGGGUCAUGUGACCAAAAGCAGCUCCAGAAAAGCUUGAGAACUUGCCUCAGGAGGAGGGGAGGGUGGGAGAUAGAGAAAACACUCCGCUCUGUAGGAACUGUCUUCAUCCAUGCAGGAAAUUCCAUGUUCUCUUUCAACACCUGGGAGGACUCAGCCAGGGAGGCUGACAGGCAAUUCGCUCAGCACAAGGGGAACCUUUUCCAACAAAGUCGUCCCCUGCCUCACAAGCAGACGCCCUCCAAGUUUGUUAUGGUUUCUAUUCCUGCAACGUGUGGUAUCAAAACCACUUCCUGGAAUUGUAAAAACGCUGCCAGAAUAAAUGUUUUUCCCCCUUCCAAGAAAAAAAACGACAGUGCUCGUAUCUGACACUUGUGCAUUGGACUGAAUGAAUAAAAAGGAAAGGGUUUGGUGUAAUUCCUGCUAGGGUGUGUGUUCUUUUUCAUGCCACAGUUUGUGAAUUGUAAUUGUGGUUUCCUAUUUAAUUGUCAUGACCGGGCAGAAAUUAAAAAAAAAAUUCAAAAAGGUGUAAUAAAAAUACAAAGAAAUGGUUAAGCAAU